UUUCAGUGUUGCCGGAACGUGUCAGUGUCCGUGCAGCUGUAAGAGUCUUUGUUAUCGAUUAAGUCACUGGAAUACAAAUUACAAAAUUGAACAAAAAUGCACCAACUAACUGAUCAAAUGGUAUCCGGAUUGAAAAAUUAUAAGUACUCGUGUGUGGACAAUUCACCUUUUUCAAUAUAUGUUAUGCAUCCCUUCUGGAAUUGGUUGGCAAAUUUUUACCCUGUUUGGCUAGCUCCAAACCUCAUAACAUUCACUGGUUUCCUUCUGACUGUGGCCCAUUAUCUCCUAUUGUGCUGCUAUAAUCCCACUUUCUUCUCAACAGUCAAUGUUCCUACUUGGGUUUGGCUCGUUACCGCUUUCCUUGUAUUCAUUGCCCAUACUUUAGAUGGUACAGAUGGAAAACAGGCUCGUCGAACUAGGUCAUCAUCGGCUCUUGGCGAAUUAUUUGACCAUGGUUGCGAUUCGUGGGUGUGUCUUUUUCUUGCUGGAUCAAUGUUCUCAUUGCUAGGUAAUAUUUAUACUGUAAGAGAAAUGUUUAUGGGGCAGUGGGUAUUAAUUAUCACUUUUCUUCUAUCCCAUUGGGAAAAAUACAUUACGGGCACCUUAUUUCUACCUUGGACGUUCGAUGCAAGUCAAAUAAUGGUUGCUCUGGUCUUCUUACUCGCCUAUUGGCGAUCACCUACUAUUUUUAUGAAGCCACUUUUAUUUGGUUGGUCAAGUGCAUCUAUUUUCAAAUUCACACUCUUUUCUUCAUUUUAUUUUGUUCAUAUACCAAUUACAUUAUGGAAUAUUAUAAGAACUUGUCCAAAUAAACAACCAUGGCAUCGUGGUCUUGGAUUAUGGGGUAUAGUUAGACCUCUUAUACCUGCAGGACUACUUAUAUUUAGUUCAUAUAUAUGGGCUUAUUAUUCACCAUCAAAUUUAUUGGAAAAAAAUACACGUACAUUUUUAUUUUGUUGUGGAACAAUUGCUUCAAAUGUAACAUGUCGUUUGAUCGUCGCGCAAUUAUGUCAUGUCCCAGCGCCAUUGCACAACAAAGAAGUUUAUUUAUAUUCAAUAAUUACCGUUGUUAUAUGUUUCAUUCUUCCAAUAAAUAAGGAUACGUCUAUUGAGUGUAUCGUCCUUCAUUUAAUAACGAGUUUUGUUACAUUGGAUCAUCUUUAUUAUGCUUAUCAAGUGGUAAAUGAAAUUUCAUCAUGUCUUUAUAUAAAAGUGUUCAGUAUUACUCAUUAA